CACCGCCUUUACCCUCCUCUUUAAGGCGCUUCUCCGGCGGUCGUCUCCUCCGCCACUCACUGCCCAUUCCUCCUCCUUCCUUCCGAUGCAUAGGUAUUGAGAUCGUGGCUCUAAUAAUCAUCGAUAAACUUUGUUUAUCGAUCUGCCUUUUGGUGAUUCCCCGAUCGGUCGGCGAGGGUUUUCUUUUUUCAUCGAGUCCUGGAGACGGCGAAAGAUGCCGCGAGCAUCAGCUCGUGAUUCCCGUGAGCGCACCCGUGAGAAUGCCUCAUCGGCUGCUCCUUGGCCUGCGUAGCCCGUGCCUCUCAGAUAUUUCCCCCGCCGACCCCCUUCCUUUGCUUGAUCGUAUCAGCCGCUGUCGAGUGGCGUCUGGUGGCCUGUAUCCGGAGGAGUUUCGGGCAGGCCUCGAUGAGGAUCAACGACCCUUACUCCGCCCCCAGGGCGGUGGCGGCUUGAUGCCGACGCCGGAGAUGCUUGGCGACCAGGACCGAAGAGUGCUCCUUCCGCUGCAGCGGUUGCCCAGCGUUGGAGGAAGCAGCAGCUUUGUCGGGAGCGUGUUCACGGUGGAUGGGAACGUUCUUUCGGGGACGACGGCUACCUUGGAGGGGACGGACAGCCUGUUGGAGGUGGUGGAAGGGUGCAGGGAUGCGCUUAGGGAGCGGAAUUGGGUGCAGAGGGCGCGGGAGAGCUACUAUCUGCAGUCGUCCCUCGCGGCUAGGCUCACCUCGCAAGCGUUCUUGGCCGGCCAGCCGCUCCUCUUGCCUGAGAACUUUCAGGAGACUUGCAGUGAAUCGUCAGACUCGGAGACAGUGUCGUAUCGCCUCUGGGUCAAUGGUUGCUUGUCAUAUUCAGAUAAGAUAACAGAUGGAUUCUAUAACAUUUUGGGAAUGGAUCCCCACUUAUGGGCAAUGUGCAAUGAACCAGAGGUUGGACGAAGGUUACCCACAUUGAUGGCGCUAAACACAGUUGAUCCAAAUGAUUCUUCGAUGGAAGCCAUCCUUGUUGAUAAAUAUGCUGACCCUAAUCUUUCACAGCUUGAAGAUAGAGCUUUGGAAUAUUCCUGUGCAUUGGGAUUUACUUUAGAGCUUGUCGAGAAGCUUGCUAAACUUGUUUCUGAUUUUAUGGGGGGUGCAUUCAAAACAGAGCGAGGAAAUCUUUAUCGAUUGUGGAAAUCAUAUAGCAAAGAACUUAGGAAACGGAAAGGAUGUGUUGUCAUUCCCAUUGGUAACCUGUCUGUAGGACUCUGUAGGCAUCGGGCUAUUCUUUUCAAGGAAUUGGCUGAUUACUUACGCAUCCCAUAUCGUAUAGCUCGUGGUUGUAAAUACUGUUCUUCUGCACUUCCAUCUUCCUGUUUGGUGAAAGUUGAGGAUGCCAAAAAGUCACUUAGGGAGUAUGUGGUAGAUUUAGUUGGGGAACCAGGAAAAGUAUGUAAACCAGAUUCAUCAAUUAAUGGGCAUUUGCUUUCAUCACUGCCCUCCCCGUUCCAAGUUCCACAUAUGCAUGGUUUCAAGAACUCAUAUACUGAGAUGCCUUCGAAUCAGAUGUUCAAUGAAGUGCAAACAGGAGUCAGUAAUGCUGCUUCAAACAUAUCUAUACAAGAAAUUUAUGCUACAGAUGGACAAAGAGAUUUUAGAGGAGCUCAUAUCGAAGAUAUGAGUCAUAUGACUAUGAAAAACUAUUAUGUCCCUUCUGAAAUGGAAGCCUCCAAACAAUUCAAUUUGAAGGUAACUGAUAGCAUGGCUGAGAAAACGGGGAAUUCUACAAUAGCACGCAGAUAUCUGAAUCUGGAGCCUUCACUUGCUAUGGAUUGGCUUGAGAUAUCAUGGGAUGAGUUGGACAUUAAGGAGCAGAUUGGGGCUGGUUCAUUUGGAACUGUCUUUCGUGCUGAAUGGCAUGGAUCGGAUGUUGCAGUGAAGGUUCUUGCAGAUCAAGAUUUUCACAAUGAUCAAUUGAAGGAGUUUCUCAGGGAGGUUGCCAUAAUGAAAAGAGUCUGCCAUCCUAAUGUUGUACUUUUCAUGGGAGCUGUCACAAAGCAUCCACAUUUAUCAAUUGUUACAGAGUAUUUGCCAAGGGGUUCCCUGUACCGUCUUAUACAUAGAGCAGCUCCAGGAGAAAUUUUGGACAGGAGGCGUCGGUUGCAAAUUGCACUUGAUGUGGCCAAAGGUAUCAACUAUCUUCAUUGUCUAAAUCCACCAAUUGUCCAUUGGGAUCUAAAGUCUCCUAAUCUUUUGGUAGACAAGAAUUGGUCAGUGAAGGUUUGUGAUUUUGGAUUAUCGCGAUUCAAGGCAAACACUUUCAUAUCAUCAAAAUCUGUUGCAGGCACACCUGAAUGGAUGGCGCCAGAGUUUCUCCGAGGAGAACCAUCAAAUGAAAAGAGUGAUGUUUACAGCUUUGGGGUGAUCUUAUGGGAACUUUUGUCAAUGAAACAACCUUGGCGAGGCCUUAGCCCUGCACAGGUUGUUGGAGCAGUUGCCUUUCAGAAUAGAAGAUUGCCAAUCCCUCAAGAUACUUGUCCCGUCUUAGCAGCGCUAAUGGAAUCAUGUUGGGAUGAUGAUCCCAGGCGGCGUCCGCCCUUCUCCAGUAUCGUUGAUACCUUGAAGAAGCUGCUGAAAUCACCUUCUCCAGCAUCAUCGUUACAUUGAAGUUGUUGAUGAAAGCUGCUUGAACGGCACAAAACAAGUGGGGCAGGCUACUCAAGCUAGAGCUGGAACAAAGCUGAGAAUGCUACAAGAAAGGUGGCUGUUUUGAAGCUACCACUGGAAGGCGCCAAUGCUUGUUCAAAGCUUUUGGAAGAAUUGUUUUUAAGUUCUAACAAUUCAGCAAUCAGACCUCAAAACCUUUUAUACACUUAGAUGAAAUAGUUAUUAUUAGCUUCGAUUUAAGUAUUUUAUGCUAGUGUAAGAGCUAAUAAGUUUUCUAGUUGAAUGACCUUCGUGAUCA